CAGGAACAAGCUUUAACUGAAGAGACAGGAAUGAAGGGCCUUCUGCUUCUGAUGGUUAAUUUUAUAACACUUUCCUCUGCGUUCCCUCCAGACAGAAACGACAAAAAUGAGGAGAACAAUCAGCUGGCCCAGGCAUAUCUCAACCAGUUCUACUCUCUUGAAAUAGAAGGAAACCAUCUUGUCCAAAGCAAGAACAGGAGUCUCUUCGACGGAAAACUUCGGGAAAUGCAGGCAUUUUUUGGAUUGACAGUGACCGGAAAACUGGAUUCAGACACGCUUGAGAUCAUGAAAGCGCCCAGGUGUGGUGUGCCUGACGUGGCGCAAUAUGGCUACACACUCCCUGGGUGGAGAAAAUACAACCUUACAUACAGAAUAAUGAACUACACCCCUGAUAUGACACCAGCUGAUGUGGAUGAGGCUAUUCAGAAAGCGCUACAAGUUUGGAGCAAGGUCACUCCACUGAUGUUCACCAGGAUAUCUAAGGGGGUUGCUGACAUAAUGAUAGCAUUCAGGACAAGAGUCCACGGCUGGUGUCCUCGUCACUUUGAUGGUCCUCUGGGAGUCCUCGGCCACGCCUUUCCUCCUGGUCUCGGCCUAGGUGGUGACACUCACUUCGACGAAGACGAAACAUGGACAGCCAGGGGUGGGGAAGGGUUCAACUUGUUUCUUGUGGCUGCUCAUGAAUUUGGUCACUCUCUGGGGCUCUCCCACUCCAACGAUCAAACAGCCUUGAUGUUCCCCAAUUAUGUCUCCCUGGAUCCUAGCAAAUACCCGCUUUCUCAGGAUGAUAUUGAUGGGAUCCAGUCGAUUUAUGGAAGUCCGCCUAAAGUACCCACCAAGCCAAAUGGAAACCCUGAACCCCACGCCUGCGACCCCAACUUGACUUUUGAUGCUAUCACUACCUUCCGCAGGGAAGUCAUGUUCUUUAAAGGCAGGCACCUAUGGAGGAUGUACUCCGAUAUUGCUGGGGCUGAGUUUGAGUUUAUUGAUUCCUUCUGGCCUUCUCUGCCGGCUGGUCCUCAAGCUGCCUAUGAGAGUCCCAGAGAUGAGGUCCUUGUCUUUAAAGAUGAGAAUUUUUGGGUGAUCAGAGGGUAUUCUGUCUUGCCCAAUUACCCCAAAUCCAUCCACACACUCGGGUUUCCAAGACGCGUGAAGAAAAUUGAUGCAGCUGUCUGUGAUCAAGAUACAAGGAAAACCUUCUUUUUUGUUGGCAUCUGGUGCUGGAGGUAUGAUGAGAUGGCGCAAGCAAUGGACAGAGGAUUCCCACAGAGGAUAAUGAAGCGCUUCCCAGGAAUUCCCCUCCGUGUGGAUGCUGUCUUCCAGCAUAACGGGUUCUUCUACUUCUUCCGUGGGCCGAGGCAAUUUGAAUAUGACAUGAAGGCAAAAAAUGUCACACAAGUGAUGAAAACCAAUUCUUGGUUCUUGUGUAACGAACCAUUACAUUCAUCAUUCAAUGUCAGUGUCAAAGGAGAAGCACAUUCAAUCAGUACAAUGACAUUACAUCAUAAAAGUGUAAGCUUGCUCGCUUUCAGUGUUAUUCGCGUGCUGUCAAAUACAUGCAAUUAACAAUAAGUGCCACAAAUAAAUCAAAACAAAUCUUUUAACCUGAACUCUGCCUCAGGAAGACUCAAGAAUGGGAGAGAUGGCCCAGUGGUUAAGAGCACUGGCUGCUCUUUUGGAGGACCCAGGUUUGAUUCUCAGCACCCACAUGCAGUCCGCAACUCUCUAUAACUCCAGGCCCAGGGAAAUCUGAUGCCCUCUCUGGCCUCUGAGGGCCAAACAUGGUGCACAGACAUAUGCAUGCAAGCA